AUGGCAUCUUCAAGAAAUUUGGUCUUUCGCUUUGGUGCUCUCUUUGCACUUGUGCUCCUCAUUUCCUCUGAUGUAACAGCCGCAGAUCAGGAGAACGUGAAGACCACUGGAGUCCAGGAUGCCAGUUCGGGUGAGGUUCAUCAGGAUACCGUAACCUUAGUUAGUUGCAGACAUGGUUGCUGCCGUUGGAUCCCUCAUAAGGGAUGCAAGAAAUGCUGCGCAACUGCUGAGGAGACCCCUGAAGCUACAUCUGGAGAUGAGGAUACCAUAACCGCAGAUCGUUGCAGCCAUGGUUGCUGCCGCUGGUACCAUGGACAUUGCCAAAGAUGCUGUCCACCUGCUGAGGAGACCCCUGAAGCUACAUCCGGAGAUGAGGUCAAAAAUUAA